AUGCACAUACAGGUCAAAGAAUUAAAUUAUUUCAACGUGCGAGCUGAAAAUUAUGCGGAAAAAUUGAAUAUAUCCAGCUGUAUACAAGCGAGCAAAGGGCGAACACGAAACGGGCCAAAUCUUUUACUUAUAUACAAAGAGAGGACGGUUCAAAUAAAUGAUGAUAUAGCAGAUAAUGCUGACUACAGGCAGAACGAAUUUAGCCCAUCGCAUCCGCAACAUCACAACAGGCCCCAAAUGAGAUUGCUCGUUUAA